UGAAGAGGAGAGAGGUGGCCCUCCCGCGGACCAGUUGGUUAUCGUAACUCCACGGCGACACAGCGCGCGGCAAAAUGGCGUUCCGCGCUAUUAUCACUCUAUUUACACUCUACCAAUUGAGUCAUGCACACUACACCAAAUUCCCGGAAGGGUUUACAUUCGGUGUGGCAACUGCCUCGCAUCAGAUUGAAGGCGCGUGGAAUGUCAGUGGAAAGUCAGAAAAUGUAUGGGACCGGUUAACCCACACGCGUCCAGAGAUGAUCGCUGACGGCACUAAUGGUGACGUGGCGUGUGACUCGUACAACCGGUACCUGGAGGACGUGGAGGAGCUGGCCUACCUCGGCGUCGACUUCUACCGCUUCUCAUUGUCUUGGUCCCGUAUUCUGCCCACCGGCCGCGUCGACUACGUCAACCCAGACGGCAUCCGGUACUACAACGCUCUGCUAGAUGCCCUCGCUGAGAACAAUAUUGAACCAUUGGUAACUUUGUUCCAUUGGGACUUGCCUCAAUCACUCCAAGAUCUCGGCGGUUGGGCGAACCCGAAAAUGAUCGACUACUUCCGCGACUACUCGGACCUUUGCUUCAGGGAGUUCGGUCACCACAUCAAAUCAUGGAUCACAUUCAACGAACCCUACGAAAUCUGUGAGGACGCGUAUGGUGAUGAAAAGAAAGCACCAGCCAUUGACAGUCACGGCGUAGGAAAUUAUCUGUGCAGUGACACCCUCCUCAAAGCCCACGCUGAAGUGUACCACCUCUACAAUGAGACAUACAGGCCGAAGCAGGACGGAAAGAUCAUGAUCUCCAUCAAUUCCAUCUGGUAUGAGCCGAGCGAUCCAAGCAACGCUGAACAAGUCGCCUUAGCUGAGGUCGCAAAUCAGUUCAAAUUCGGAUGGUUCGCACACCCGAUCUUUACGGCAGAAGGCGGCUACCCUGCCGUGAUGAUCGAGAACGUCGCUCAGCAGAGCGCCGCCGAGGGCCUGCCCAAGCCUCGUCUCGAACAGUUCGACGACUACUGGAUACAGCGCAUCAAGGGAACUUCAGAUUUCCUCGGCAUCAACCACUACACGACGCAUCUCAUCACCGGUGCUGGAGUCGACCCCAUCGCUAAGUCUCCCUCCUGGCUCAAGGAUAUCGGCGCAGUCACGACAAUGGAUGUCGGCGGUGAAUCCGCUUCCGAAUGGCUUAGGAUUGUACCGACUGGCUUCGCCAACCUCCUGCGAUGGUGCAAGAGCUCGUACAAUGACCCUCCUAUCUAUAUCACUGAGAACGGCUGCUCGGACCGCGGCACGCUUGAGGACUAUGGACGUAUCAAAUACUUUAAUGAUUACCUGACAGAGAUCCUGAACGUUAUUUAUGAAGAUGGAGUUAAAGUAUUGGGUUACACGGCGUGGACUUUGAUGGACAACUUCGAAUGGAGAGCUGGAUUCUCCGAACGCUUCGGUUUAUACUACGUAGAUAUAUCAGACCCAGCGAGACCGCGCACGCCCAAGCUGUCAGUGGAGUACUUCAAGCAGCUCGUCGCCAACCGAGAGCUGCCGCAGGAUGACCGCUUUAAGGAUCCCGCGGUGAGGAAAUCAUAAUGCAUGCGGUGUUGGAUCCAUGGGACUUGCUGACACACUUUUAGAAUUUGUUAAAUAGACAUAU